UUUUUUUAUUUCUUUAUACUUUUCUUCGAUAUUGUUUUUUUUUACUUUUUAAUUGUCAACUUUUCCCACCAUGCGAAACACAAAGAUCUUGGCUGGUUCGUCUCAUCCAGAACUUGCUCAAUUGGUAUCAAAGAAGCUCGGUACUCCUCUUGCUGAUACAACCUCAAAAAAGUUUAGCAACAAAGAAACAAGUGUUGAAAUUGGCGUAUCUAUUCGUGGUGAAGACGUUUUUAUUAUUCAAUCGGGAUCUAAUGAUAUGAACGACAAUAUUAUCGAACUCUGUAUUAUGAUUCAAGCUGCUCGUAUUGGAUCUGCCAAAAGAAUCACUGCCGUCCUACCUUACUUCCCUUACUGCAAGCAAAGCAAACGCAAAGGUAGAACUUGUAUCACUGCUAAACUGGUUGCAAAUAUGUUAGCUGUUGCUGGUGUAGAUCAUAUCAUUACUAUGGAUCUUCAUGCCAGUCAAAUGCAAGGAUUUUUCCAACGUCCAGUGGAUAAUUUAUAUGCUGAACCUGUGAUUGCUAGAUGGAUUACCCAACAUGUACCUCAAUGGGAAAAUGGUGUGGUUGUUAGUAAAAAUGCUGGUGGUGCCAAAAGAGUCACUUCAUUGGCUGAUGCUCUUCGUUUGGAUUUUGCAUUAAUUCAUAAAGAUCGAUCUCGCUCUGGACCUCAAGGACAUAAUCGACCAUAUAGUGGUAUGCCAAAAGGUGGAAAUGAUGCAACUGCCUCUUUGGCUCAACAACAAAUGGCAGAAACUGAUGAAGAAGAUAAUAAUGGAAUUGAAGAUUUGACAGCUUCUAUUUCUUCUUUGAAUGAUAUGGGAUGUAAUCUGGAUGUGAUGAAUGCUGCUGUUUCCAUUGUAGCUGAUACCGAUGGUGAAGAAAGUACUAUUACUUUAGUGGGUGAUGUCAAGGAUAAAAUUGUAUUUUUGACGGAUGAUAUUAUUGAUGGUUGUCAAACAUUCCUUGAUGCAGCUGAUCAUUUGGUGAACAAGUGCGGUGCUGAUAAAGUCUAUAUUAUUGCUACACAUGGUGUUCUUAGUGGUGAAUCCGUUCAAAAGAUUCAAGCAUGUGAAAGUGUAUAUAAGCUUGUUGUCACCAAUACAUUCCCGAUUCCCCGUACCAAAAUGGAUCAAUGUGAAAAAUUGACAAUUAUUGAUAUCUCUACAACACUUGCUGAAGCCAUUCGAAGAACGCAUAAUGGUGAAAGUGUUAGUUAUUUAUUCAACCAUGCAGAUUAGAUAGAUUAUUUACAUUCAACUCACAUUUAUCCCCCCCCUUUAUUAUUAAAAAAUAAAUCAAGAGAAAGGAAAAAAAAAUUGUUUCAAUCUGAAAUAGGAUUUUUAACCCUUUCCUUUUAAGUGAAUAAAAAUGAUCGGGACCUGGAAGGAUUAUUGGUUCAU